UUUUUUUUUUCUUCCUCAUUUCUUUUUCUUUUAUCUUAUUUCCAAAAAAAAAUCAUGACUACAGAAAGAAUUUCCCAAAUAUUGCCAACAGUAAAAUGCUCGGACUGUGGUAAAGAUGUUCAAAUCCGACGUUUAGGUGAUCAUCUCUGUUCAAGUCAACCUCCUAUGCCUUUAUCUAUUAUUCCUAAUAAAGCUAAAAAUUACAAAACGAUGAAGCCAAUAUCACCUGUACAAAGCCCUAAUGACUAUUAUAAUCAUCAAAAGCAACCAUUAUAUCAUAAUACACCUAUAGGUUCAAUUACACCACCUUAUAUAAUGAAAGAUCUACGGCAGCAGCAGCAACAGCAACAACAACAGCAACAACAACGUAUUAAGAGUCAUCCUUAUGAUGACGAUCCAUAUACAGAUGACUUUUAUAAAAAUGUUGAUUCUCCAUUUACAUCACCGAGAAAAAAUAGUACUUCACCUGCUCCUAUAAGUCCGCAUUCUUAUCGUCAUUAUAAUAGUUCAAAUCCUGAGUUUAAUACAAGUGCAAGAUAUGAAACUGCAACAAAAAGAAAUCACUCAUUAGAAAAUAUAUAUCAACACUCCUCCCCUUAUAAUAAUAACAACAGUAGCAGUAGUGGAGCAUUAGAUAAUUUAAUGGCUGAUUUAAUGAAUUCAAUGAAUGAUGAUAUAUAUUUAACUUCUAACAAUACGAAUACUUCAAUAUGCGAUGUCUGUCAUGAAGAAUUCGAUUAUAGAGACGAUGUAAAGACAGUCAAUCAUAAGGUGAAAAAAAAAAGAAAUAACUCUAACUGAAUUAAAUACAUAUAACUUGGGUUUUAGUUUUAUUAAUCAAUGUAAUAUAUCAUAGUGUUACCAUAAAGCAUGUUUCAUGUGUUGUCUGUGUAGUGCACCAUUUGAACAACGUAGCACAUAUCAUGAACACGAAGGCAAACUGUAUUGUGAAAGGGAUUUUCAUGUAGUAAAGAAUCGUUCAGUAUGUGCAUCGUGUGACCGAAUGAUUCCUCCUUCUGU